AAGGCGCGCGCGCGCUAGCACGUGCCUGAGCCCGUCUCGUUGCCAUGGUAACACACUCAAACUAGUCACAGCUCGUGUUUAGCGUUUGUCGAGAUCUUUAACUUGACGCCAAUGGAUCCGUUUUAACGCAGGCGUCCGUCAGGAACACAACACAGCAGGAUGUCUUUGUCAGAGAUCCAGAGUCUUCGAGUUGCAGCUGCUCUCGAACACUUUGCCCACCGCCUGCAGACGCUGGAGCACAGCAUCUUACUAAAGAUCAGUGUGGAGGUAGAUGCAGCACCUGCACAGGAGAGAUCCAGUCUAAUCAAGCUGGUGAAAGAGUGCAAACUGAUGUCACAGGAGAUUUCCCAUCUGUGCCUGGAGGUGGAGCAGACACAAAGCUUCAGCUCUCUGCAGUUUUUCUCAGAGAAAAUACUCAAGAAAAUUGAACUGGAGAACAGAAAAUUGACUUUAAUGAGACAACAACAACAAAUACAAGAAAAAACUCAAGACAUUAAAAGACUGAAAUUCCAGCUGAAAAUGUUGGCAUUAAAGGUCAGUGCGAAGAAGACUUUGAGUGAAGAGCAAAACCUCAAGUUACAGUAUGAGCAGAUCCAGGAGGAGGCGCUGCAGACGGGCUCUCUGCAGGAGGAGGAGCUGGAGUUUGUAAAGAAACAGCUGGGGGAGGAGGAGCGCGCACACACAGAAUCCCAGACGUUUCUGCUCCAUCAGAACCAGGAGGUGCAGAAGGAGCUGCACAUGCGGGAGGAGCAGACGCAGCAGAAGCUGAAUGAGAAGAAGCAGCAGCUUUAUGAUGUGUGCAGAAAAAAAACACUGGCCUUAGAUAAACUGAUGGAGAUGAGGAGACAGUUCAGGGAGAUGGAACAGCUGGUCACGGAGGACAAGAAGGAGCAGCAGAGGCUGCAGGAAGAGCAGGAAAGAGUCACUGCUGCUACCAAGCUCCAGGCCUGGUGGAGGGGGUGCACAGUCCGCCGAGGCCUGGGCCCCUUCAGGAAAACGGAAGACAGCGGGAAGGACAAGAAGAAGAAGAAGAAAGGAAAGAAGAAGUGACUUUUCUCCAAUUCCUCUUUUACUCAGAUGUCAUUAUUCACGUAUUGACCAAGAAAGAAAAAUUCGUCUUUAUUGUAAAAACCUCAUGUGUGUCAAUAACAAAAACAUCCAAUAAAAAUACAUUAAAAAACAUAAAUAUCAA